AUGAAAUCUACCUUUCGAAAGAAAUCCAAAAAACGUGAAGGCAUCAAAAUACACGAUGUGCUUAGUACGGCAGAAGCACCUCCAAACACUUUCCCUGUUAUCGAUCACGAGAGCAAGAAGCUUUUUAUUCCCCUGGAAGCUAUGUUCAGGACCAGGGCUAUGAAACGUGAUGGUGUUCCAUCACUGUGUCGAAUUUUCAUGAGCGGGCGGUGUCUUCAGGGCGACAAGUGCUACCAAGCACACGCAGACUCCAAUACGAUUUCUAAACUUCGCGCUAUCGCGCUGGCGGAGCCGUCUUGUUGUGAAAAACACGGUGCACCCCCUGACAAUAGCGGAAUCUGUGCUAACUUUUCAUUCUCUGUUAAAUACGAAAAGCCUAAUGAAUCCUUCUAUGUGGGGCCGCUAGAGUACUGCAUUACCAGAGGUCUUCGAGAGCUUCUGGGGAGUCGUACAUCGACACCUGCAACGACAGAACUCACAGUACCUAUUGCUUUACUCUGCAAACUACACUCCAGCGAGGACGGGACCCGGUGCUGCCGGUUUGGUAAUGAAUGCAAAUUUGUGCAUGUCUGCCGUGAAGUGCUACGCGCUAUGAAGAAGUGCGUUCUUAAUCCUACAGCUGAACCUGUAGUGCCUCCUUUGAAGCAUGAAAUCUCUUCUAAGCAUCAUUUUUUACAAAUACUUACUCCUAUAAAAGAAUCGCCAUCGGAUAGAAAGAAUAAAGCUCUUGAACUUUCCCUGGAUCCGUCGAGUGUCAGUGGAGACUCGAACAGUUUGCCCUCAAGUCAACCUGAUUCUCUUGCCUUGGUAACCCCUUCCUCUAGCAGUAUCAGGUAUACGUUGCCCUUGCUUACUACUCCUGCCAUGGUGAUUUCCUUCAGUCAGAUCUCUCUGGGUGUCGUCUGGCGUCAUAACCCCUAUCCUACCACCCCAACUUCGUCAGCAAUCGAGACGUAA